CAAAAGAAAAUAAAGACGAAGAAAUUAAACGGCGCCAAAACAGUUUUGCUUAUACUCGAGACCAACUUGUAGAUUUCUUCUUGGAUUUCCUAGACUCUUAUGAUGACUUUGACAAUGCUGAACCAUGCACUCAAGUAUUUGGAAAAUUUCCAAAUACUUGGAAACGUUCUGGAUUUAAGCUAUAUUACGCAAUAAAGACAG